UACUCUUUGGCUGUGUAUCGAGGCAACAAGAUCACGCAGGUCUAGCUCACACACAGGAGAGCGAAUAUUUAGGAGAAUCGCGAAAGUUCAAAAAAAUAUUUGGCCUUUAAUUGUCCUCAAUAUUUGUGUCAACCGUGCCCUCGCGCCGCGCUGCUAGCCAGAAGGUACAUGUGAUAAAGUACUGCAUGUACAUGGAGCAUUGGAUGUCAACUCCGCGGUUCUGCCACCAAUGCACGUUUCGUGUGUAGCCUGUACGUGGUCAUUGUACCCAUGCAUAGGAUGAUGUAGCAUGUUUUUCACGUCGCUGUGCCGGCGAUUCACACGAUUGCACAUAUACAAUCACAUGAUAUUAAACCAAAAGGUCUAUGAACUGACGGCCCAAACUGUGCAUAUAGGGGUGUAAUGAAAGGAAUGACAUGUCAUAUUCUCGGGUUGAAAUGCAGUAGUCGCAGCAGAGAAGUGUGAGUGGAAUGAUGCAACGUUUUACUGAGAUAAAAUGGACAUGCUUGACGCAGUACUAUUACAAUACUAAUACGCACCACUUGUCAUCUACAGGAGCAUACAUGUAACUUGUACGCUUUAAUUCAUCUCUAACAUUGACGUUACUAGGGACUUUUAGAUUUGCGUGGACUGAUACGUGUGACGUCCAUUCAAGGCAGUGCAUCAAAAGGACGUCGAUCGUACCAUAGACCUAUUGUCUUCGUGCGAAUCUAAAAGUCCCUAUUGAUGAAAAAGCAAUGACGAACAAGUCCGACUCGGUUGAUGGAGGCUGGGCCUGGUGUGUUCUUCUUGCAACUUUCACAAAUCAGCUACUCUAUGCUGGGGCUGUCCCUUUAGUUGGGAUAUACUUGGUUGAAUGGCAGGAAUAUUUUGGAGUUGGAGCAGGGUCUUUAUCUUUCAUUGCCACUGAACUUACCUUGGGUUUACCUGCUAUUGGUUUCCUCGCAGGGGCGUUAUGUCAACGCUUUGGAUGCCGUCUUGUGAUGAUAUUUGGUGGUGUUAUUGGUAUGAUUUCUACCUUCUUUGCUUCAUUCUCAACACAACUCUGGCAUCUCCACAUUUAUAGCACACUCGCAGGUGUGUUUUACGGCGCCGCAUACUUUCCCAGUGCAAUCGUGAUACGUUUUUAUUUCAAGAAGCGGCUUGGAUUCGCCAAUGGGAUAACAUAUGCUGGUGUGGGAGCUGGUUUCUUUGUGAUGUCUCCCUUGCUAGAGACACUUUGCUCUGAGUAUGGAUGGAAAGGUGCACUGAUGAUUCAGUCUGCUAUCAAUGCAAAUUUCAUUGCCCUUGGAGUGAUCUUACGACGGACUAACAUGGAACAGACGAUCAUGACUGCAUACAGAUCAAAGCCGUUAACAGCCAGUCAUCAAGUCUCGGAUGCCAAUGACUUGUCAAGGGCCGAGUCAUUGUGCAAAAGGAUCUUACGAAAUAUCGACGAGACCUUUGCCAUCUCUCAUCUGGUCAAGAAUGCAUAUUUCAUUACCUUAUGUCUGGUGUCAAUCCUAUCUUUCGCCAGUCAUAUAUCCGUGCUAAUCUAUACAGCGCCGAAGCUGGUCGGGGACCUUGGUCUCUCAAAGACCACGGCCAGUCUGGUGAUGUCGGUAUACGGAAUCUCCAGUCUUCUUGCGAGAGUUCUCCACGGGUUUCUUCUUGAUUUUAAAUGGAUCAGCACCACCAACCUGUACAUUCUAUCGCUGCUCAUAGCAGGAAUCCAACCAUUGUUCAACCCUCUGGUCACCUCGACUGCGGGACAGUUUGCGUUGAUAGUCGUCUACGGUAUCGGUGCCGGAAUGAUGAUACCCAUGACGAUGCUAGUCUGUAGAAAGUACGUUGCGAUUAACAUUGUUUCCAGUGCCAUUGGACUGCUCAUUACAGUAGGAGGAGUAGGAAAUAUUCUUGGCACACAGUUAAUGGGACAAUUGUCUGAUGCCACAGGUUCUUAUGCAGUUCCGUUUUACGUGUGUGGUUCUUUCUAUUGGUUGUCGGCCAUAGCAAUGGCGUUGAUCACCAAGUGUAAACGAUUCAAAGACGGCAAUCAGCAUGAUAUAGCCGGAGCCAUUCCGGACGUAGCUGCAACACAGACUGACUUUGAUGAUAUCCCUAAAGACACCUCGAAGGCCACGACCGGUACAGGUUAUCAUCAAGUUCCUGGAGAUAUACAGGAAGGAUCGGAUAAUUGGGAAUCCGCGGUGUAGAGCACAUUGUAUCAAAAGGAGCUCUUUUAGUAUGCAGUAUACAUGUACUACCACAGGACUACAUGCUUUGGAAAGACUGGCAAAUAUAUUUAUAUAUAUAUAUAUAUUCUCUGAAAUAUAUUUUCAUAACUCUUCACUUGGUUAAAGGACCAUUAUUGACAGUAUUAAAUUGAUCAUUGUGCAGUGUUGUAAUCAUCAAGAUUGUUAUCGAUUUUGGGGAAAAAAUUACUUAGAAUAUCUCGGUCUUAAAUAAUGAUAAUUGUUUCACACAUUAAUCUUGCCUUGCUCAUGAUGUGUAAUCACGCUGCCAACAGCAAAGUUAACAUUCAACCAAAGACAGAUAAUAAAUUUACUUAUAUAUAAUUACAUGUGUUUAUGAAUAUCUCUGAUCUCUGUGUAAUUGAAAGUAUAGAUAUUUUCAUCGCUAUGAUAUGCCUAAUGCAGAUCUGAAUUGGUAAGCCGUGGCGUUUUUGUUAACACUGUGUACAACGUGUACAAAGAAGUUGAACUUUUCGAGUACAUGUAGUAGUUGCGUUAAUUCAAGUCCCUUCCACAUCGGAUCUGCGUAUAGUUGCGUAGUGUGGCGUAUGAAAUUACGCUGCGCAUUCAUGAACGAAAUGUUGCUUCGGCGUAGGGUUGCGUAGGUUUGCUUAGGCCUGGCGUAAAGGAUCUAGGACGCCUUUAUACCCUUUACUGCUUCGUCGGACUGGCGUAGGGUAGCAUACCAUUGCGUAGGCAUGCCGUACAGUAGCAUAUAGUAUUGCGUAGUUAUGUGUAGACUUGCGAAAAAGUGCGUACUUCUGCGUCUAGUGUCUACGCCGAAAGUACACGAAAAGAAUUAAACAUGUUUAAUUUGUUGCGUCCAUCUCGCGUACCCUCUGCGUCCCCCAGCAUAUAGUUAUUUAGGCCAGCGUAGGCGGCGUACGCUCGGCGUUGGACAGCGUAGGCACGGCGUUGUUAGCACGCAACACUACGCAACUCUACGUAAGGCCCGGUGUGAAAGGGGCUUUAGCUUUGAUUAACCUAUAUACAUUAUAGUUUUUUCUUUUGUAAGUCUAUAACGGCUACAAUUAAGCGACUGAGGAUAUUUAACUAGAUGUGUUUAAUCGUAUCAAUUAUAUGUGUUGUAUGUAUCUCUUGUUUCAAUCCCCAUUUGACAAUAAUGUCAAAUAUUGUCAUCGUUUAAUGUUAUAUUUAUCUGACAAAUUUCUUUCCGCCCCCACCCCCCCCCCCCCAACAAUAAACAAAAUGUGAGUGAAGUGAACUUUAACUCAUUUACAGUGCUAAUGUCAUUAUUAAACCUGAUCACAGGAUACAUUAAUGGCUUUUGACGCAUUAAAAUAUUCCUAGCAUCGUGA